GUUUAUAGUGUUUGGUGCUUGUUGUUAUUGUUAUUCUUUCUGUUUUCACUUGAAGUCCUGUCUUCGCUGCCUCCUUAUUCUGACAACUUGUCGGUUUUUUUUCGCCUGUAAUUCUUAGAAUUUUCAUGACACUAGACAAAAAUCAUCCGUGGAGUCCAGAUCUAAGGAGAAAGAGAGAAGUGUUGAAAUAAUUACCCCGGUUAACAGUUGUAUCUCCUGGAGAAAAGAAGGAUGAAUUCAACUCACUAUGAUGAAACCAGACUGGGAAAACAAAAGGCAGAACAAGAAAGUAGACAGAGUUCAAAAAACAACGCGAAGAAAAAAAAAAGAAAGAAUUGAAACACAUAUUAAUUAUCAGUUUUACAUGAAUAGUUUACCAGAAAAGUCUUUUUCAAACAUUAAUGGAAAUAAUAAUUCCAUCGAUUCUUCUUCUACUGAUUAUUGUUAUUAUUAUAAAGAAAUGAUUUAUGCAAAAGACGGUUAUACCAUACGUCCUACAGGAAAGCCAGUGAUAGGAAAUCCAACAACUAAUCGUUUAAAUAUUACUCAAUGUAAUACCUAUAAUAGUUUACCAACACAAAUGACAACCGUGUACGGGAAUCCAAAGAAUCCUAAUUUCUGUAGACUUGAUUCCUCAAACCUUCAGUUAUGCUCAGCACAAAACCAGGCAUUAUCGACGUCUUCUAAUUCGAAUUCCCCGGCUUGUUUGAUGUCAGCAGCAGCAGCGGCAACAACAACAACAACGACAAAUUCUCCAUCAGUAUCAACAUUACCAGCGGGUAUGAUAGACGAAGUUAGAUUAAGCCAAGUGGAAUGGAUACAACAGUUGAAUACACAAGGGAAACUCUCCUCUCCUCACAGCCUACUCCCGUGUAUGAUGAUGGUGAGAAAAGUGGCUUCAGAUAGUAAUAACAAUACUACUAUUACUAAUAACAAUAGUAAUAUAGUUAACGAUAUUACUCCAGUGAAUAAUGCAUUCCAUAAAUCUAAUAAUGAAAAACAUUCUCUAGCCUAUAGACAAAUAGAAUCAUUGAUGAAAUCCAAGGAGAUAUUAACAAGUCAAGGAAAGAAUCAAGACGUCAUUAAUGAUGUUAAUGCUUACAAAGAAGAAGUUGGUGAAGAUGAAAAUAAUUCUUCUGAUAGAUGUACUGUUGAGUAUGAUGAUGAUGAUAACACCAACAGUAAUGAUCAUGAGGAUGUAGAUGGUGAGGAGGACGUUGAAGAUGUUGAUGCUGAUAUUCAACAUUUAUGUCAGGUAUGCGGUGACCGUAGUAGUGGUAAACAUUACGGCCAGUAUACAUGUGAAGGAUGUAAAAGCUUUUUCAAACGUUCUGUACGUAAAUCAGCUAGUUAUAUUUGUAGGUCAGCUGGGCAGUGUCCAGUAGAUGCACAACGACGUAAUCAAUGUCAAGCGUGUCGUAUGUCAAGGUGUUUAUUGGCAGGCAUGAAAAAAGAAUCUGUUCAGCGGGCUCGAGCAAGCUCACAGACACAUAUGUGUCCAUCGACGCCAUAUUCAUCACAUUCUGUGAUAGCAGCUGCUGCAGUCGCAGCAGCUUACUUUCAUGGUACAGGAGGCACUGUCGAUAGCAUUCCAACAGGCUUUAUUCCGUCACAAACAGCACCACCAGUGGAGAAUAGUUACGCCACAGUUCACAGUUCUCAGAGAAAUCCUGUAUUGACAUGCAGCCAGUAUCUUACCCAAUCUAAAUAUAUUACAUCAAAUGGCGUCAAUCGUUUUAGUAAUCAACUACCAGAAAUGCGUUAUAAUCCAUAUGGAGGUGUAAUGAACACAUGUUUCACUCAUCCAAACACUGAAUACACUCCAAAUGUUCCACAGCUGAUAGAAAGCAGAGGAAUUACAAAUUCCGAGAAGAAUUCGUUAUACACUCCGUAUACACAACAGUAUGAGUGUUCACCUACAGUUAGGCAUGCAAAUUCAAGUUCUAAUGAAGUCUACUAUCAUUUGCCUAAUCAAAACGCCCAACAGAUAUAUUAUUCCACGUCAUUGACUCCAACAGUUACACUUUCAUCAUCAUCAUCAUCAGCGAUAUCAACGACUUCUCCAAUCUCCAGAGUAAAUUUCAAUAAAAUUAUAUCAUCACAUAAAGGUACAGAGUUUAUUCAUCCCUUCAACGAUAGAAGUCAAUUGCAAAGAAACCAAUCAAAUACUUAUACUGCAGGAAACAACAUCAUACCCGAUAUGAAUACUAGUGGACAACCGGAUUCUUCAUCAUUCUCUCCAUCUCCGUCAUCAUCAAUGCAUCAUCCACAAGAGAUGUAUUCAUUAAUUAUAGAUUUACAGAAAACAAUUGAAGAAUGGAUUAUGUCAAAGGAAUAUACGAUUAGUCCAAUUUAUUUAGGACAUAAUUAUCAUAUAGAAGCUGUUAUAUUAUCAGCUAAUCAGCUGUUAAACAGAAUAUCAUAUAUACUAAACAAACUUCAGUCAUUUAAACAUGCCUCCCAACAUAAUAGCCAUACUAUGAUGCCUCAUUUAAACGAUUUAAAUAAAAUACAACAUGAUAUAGAAUAUACAUGGAUAAAUGAAUCACUGCUAUUGUUGUUAUCAUCACAAUCAGAAUUUACUGAUUUACAGCAAGAUAAUAAUGAUGUGAUGGCGUCAAUGCAUCAUUUGACAGGGAUGAAUUCAACACCGGAUACAACACAAACAAUAAUUUGUGAAUUAUCAGAAAAAGAACGUGAAUUAUUGAUUAUACAAUCACUGCCAACACUGGUCAUUAUUCAUAUUUAUCAGAUUCUAAUCAAUUGGACAAAUAGCCAAGAUAAUGAAAUUGUCAAAGAGAUUGAAUCAAUCCUCUACAAUGUUAAUCAUUAUAAUAAUUUUAAAUAUUAUAAAUAUAAUGAAUCCUUUGCCUAUUAUACAAGAAAUCAAUUGAUCGAUAAUCAGUCAAUAAGUCAAAUGGUGAAUACACAUUCUAGUGAUGGACAGAAUCACAUCAUCCAUACAAAUGAUGGACAUAAUCAAUUCAACAAUAAUAAUAAUUCAAUAACUUAUCGAUUAUUUACAUUAGUAAAUAAUUUAAAAAGAAAUAACUUUGAUACCUUUGAAUUGGCAUGUAUGAAGACUUUAGUUCUACUAGAUUCUGGUCUAUUGAACAAUGAAUCAUAUACGAAAUCAUUUGAAAUGUUAAAAUGUACUAUUCACAUGGUACUUAUGAAACAUGUAAUCAAUAAAAUCAGUUGUCAAGACAACAAACAACAACAACAUCAUCAUCCACAAGGUGUGAUAACCACAAAUCACUGGAAACUUUUUUAUCGUAUCUCUCGAAGAAUUUUCAGUUUCUAUCAGAUUUCAAAUGAGUUAUGCAGAAUUCAUGGAUUUCGAAAAGUUGAUUCAAAAAGUUAAUUGAACAUUUAACAGAUAAAUAAAUCAAUAAAUAAAGGAAAGGCGGUCAAUUCAAAUGUCAUCUCUACAUGAAUGACUGUUUGAAAGAACAGAGACAAAUAAUUUUUUCUUGUUAAAUAUUUUUUUUCUUUUUCAAGUUUCGAA